CGCGGCUCAUCUAGCUGCCGCUAUCGUUUUUACGGCCGAUGUAGUAUGCAAAUAUAACAGACAGCCUAGUUGCCGCACCAACUAACUCUUGUCUCUUGCAUAGUCGAUAACGUACUACACCCUUGAAGUUUGAUUCAUGAGAUGACGCUGCUCCUAGAUCGUUACGGUGAUCCUCAGGUCAAGAUUGAACCCUAUACGAGGCGUGUUCAGGACUAAUUCUAUCUGUAUCCGCGGGGACAUUUGAGAUAUUCUGUUACUCGACGAUGUCACCAGGACACAGUAUCGCUGCCCAUUGCUGUGACUCCAUUGAUCCGUAGAUGUGAUGCUGCCUUGAAACCCCAGUUGACGUCCAUGCCCUCACUCGUUGUACGUCCUGCUGUGGACUCGUUGCGCAUCGACGAUAAACCAGACUACUUUGUCAUAAGGUUCUUGGCCGAUUGUGCACCCUCGACGCGUGGGCAAGUAGUGUUCCCGAAAUAUAUAUAUAUACAUAUAUAUGAGAUGCGUACUUAUACCGAGGGCCGGCUCCUCGAGCUUCGCCUUCUCCAGGGAUCCUACGGUGAGACUUGGGAGCUAAUAUCAACAAGAUAUUCCCAUGUUGCGAAUCUGCGAACCAGUGGCAUAGUCGGGGUACAAGUGAUGGAGCAAUUGGUUGAAGAAAUGACUGACGCCGCGUAUCGCGGUAAUUUCUCAUUGGGGAUAUCGGAAGCUGCGGCCACUCCUUUCAGGAAGGGAAAAUGGGAAGACGGACCUAGAAGGGAAGUGGGUGGAAGUCGUGCGAUUAGGCUGAGUUUGGAGAGAUAA